GGAUUGUUUCGGAAGUAUCUAUAUAGAAUAGUUUGGGUACCAGCAACGCUUCCUAGUCCUCCGUAUCGUCAGAUGAUGGAAAUGACUAAAAAGUCCACGCUGAACGAGGAAAGAAUUCUCUAUGCUGUAAUGGGUUCGAGCAAUACUUGCGCUAAGCUUAACGAAACCACAAAUGACGAGAAAGAUUUGCUAGAUGGUCCGGUGUAUGAACACCCUUCUGUGGAAGAUCCAACGAUUCUGGACGGUGAAAAUUAUGGAUUUGCGGGCAACGGAGAUUACGACGGAAAGUCUGGGCAGCCGUUUGUCUCUGGCAGAAGGAAGAGGAGGUCAUUCCUGAAGAACAUCAGCAAUGCAUUUCAGGUUUCGGCAAAGGCUGUAGUCGGUAAACGCUACUCUGCUUUGAAAAAAUGUAGUACGGCCAGUACGGAUACUGUGGGCACAUCGGACUCCUCUACAGGCAUAGAGGAAAUUUCAAUGAUGGAAAUUCAGCGACCGGCAGUUGCAGGCACCGUGCGCCGGUCACUGCCCGUCGAAGAUUUAAAAAAUGAAGGUAUAAGGUUAGACUCUCGUAUUAGACUCCGGUCUUCGGAUCAACCUCGUAUGGCUACGGUCUUGAGAUCUUCUAGCAAAAUUUCAAGAAGCCUAAACGACAUUGCUUUCGAAUUUCCUGGAAGCUUAGAAACUUGUUCACCAACGGGAGAAGUUGGAUCUUUAAAAGAGGUGAACUUGGAGGGAUCGGAUAAUUCUUUCACAGGAGAAAUUGAAGCGCCCAUGUCGAGCGGUAGGAUCUCGUCCUCUCCAAUUCCUUUCCACAACUCCGGGCCUGAGAACGAUGGGGCAAAAGCUGCUGUCGGCACCGGAAGAAUUGAAGAGUUGAACGUCGCGCAACGUACGCUGCAGUGCUCUUUCUAUUCGGUAUUAGAUGACUCUCUAAAUUCCGCAGAAAAAAACUCUACUAAUAGUACUCAAAAUAAUAGGGUGUCCAAAAGAUCAGCUGAAACUAGUGAUAAAAUAAUGUUGUUCAGAUCGAAUGAUUUUAUUGAAGCUCGGACUCACGAUUCUGAAAGUGCCAUCGAAACGCUUACUCGGCAGCAUUUAUCGCAUGUACGUUUUUUGUAUAUAUUUUUAUUUGCUCAGCUAAUUUUGAAUAUAUUAUUGGUGCUAAUGAUUAUUGCAUACUCGCAAGUCUUAAAGUAACUGGACUCUGUUGUUAGGAGACUCAGGACACCUUUAUUUAUUUUAUCGGUCUGCCUACCUGGUAAUUUUUAAUUAGUAUUUUAUCGGUCUGCCUUCCUGGUGAUUUUAGUGCUGACAAUUGUGAGUAAUCCUACCAUAUGAUAUACGUGUUGAUGUUUGAUACCUGAACGAUCUAAUAUAAAAUAAUGAACAUAGAAUUAGAGCAUCGUUACCCUAAUGAAGACUGCAGAGGAAUAAGAAGAAUUCUAUAGGUUCAUUCGCCGCCAUCGGAUUAUUAAGUUGUUUUCGCGUUCAUUAGAUUUUUGCACAAUGUAACAAAGUGAACAGAUACAUACGCGAUACUAUAUCUUCUGCACAUU